AUGGGUGAUUGGAGCUUCCUGGGAAACAUUUUGGAAGAAGUCAAUGAACAUUCUACUGUAAUAGGCAGAGUGUGGCUGACAGUGUUGUUUAUUUUUCGAAUUCUAAUUCUUGGCACUGCUGCGGAGUUUGUGUGGGGAGAUGAACAGUCAGAUUUUGUUUGCAACACUCAACAGCCUGGUUGCGAGAAUGUCUGCUACGACGAGGCGUUUCCCAUCUCCCACAUACGACUGUGGGUGCUUCAAAUCAUAUUCGUCUCCACACCAUCCCUAGUCUACGUGGGCCAUGCUGUUCACCACGUAAGGAUGGAGGAAAAGAGGAAAGAGAGAGAGGAAGAAAUGAAUAAACAACAGGAGAUGAAUGAGGAGAGGUUGCCACUGACUCCCGAUCAAGGCACCAAAGAGUCCAGCAGCAAGGGCAACAAGAAAUUUCGCCUGGAAGGCACUUUGCUGAGAACCUACAUCUGCCACAUCAUCUUCAAAACCAUCUUUGAAGUUGGUUUUGUAGUUGGCCAGUAUUUCCUCUACGGCUUCCGCAUCUUCCCUUUGUACAAGUGCGGAAGAUGGCCCUGCCCCAAUAUUGUUGAUUGUUUUGUUUCCAGACCAACUGAAAAGACAGUGUUUGUCAUUUUCAUGCUCGCCGUGGCUUCAGUGUCUCUCUUUCUGAAUUUCGUAGAAAUAAGCCACCUUGGUUGGAAGAAAAUCAGAUUUGCCUUUAGGAAGCCAGUGCAGCAACAGGUAGACUUUCCGUCUGAAAAACCAUUCCGUUCCAUCUCGGUGCCCUCUGUGCAGAAAGCCAAGGGCUAUAAGCUUCUGGAAGAGGAGAAACCUGUCACCCAUUUCUACCCCAUGACAGAAGUUGGAUUAGAAGCAAGUGCGUUACCAGGACCGUUCGUCAGCUAUCAAGAAAAGGCUGAGAGUGUUGUUGGUGCCGUGGACAAUUUGGUUAAAGUUUACGAUGAAACAUUGCCAACUUAUGGGCACGAUGAGGAACCAGAUGGGCCGAUUAAGACGGAGCCACUGGUAGAAACUAUUGAGACCAUAGCUGACACAAGACCCCUGAGCAGGUUAAGCAAAGCCAGUAGUAGGGCUCGGUCUGAUGAUUUAACUGUAUAAGAGUAAACUACCAGAGCAAACGCUUAAGGAAAGCUAACGUAAAACUCUCCAACUCCAGAAAUCUAUGAAUACAAAACUAAAGGGGAAAUACUGACACCAGGUAUAGGGUACUUAGCACAGAUCUGGGUAACAGGUAGCAUUGGCUAUUUGUCAUGUGUAGUCGAUUGACUAAAACAUCACAAUUCUAUAUUCAGCCUUUCUAUAAAUUUGUUGGCUCCCUAUCUUAACAUUCACGUUAUAUAGUUGUGCUUAAAUGUCAGGAGAACUUGAAACAUGUUGAGAAAAUGUUCGAUUCGCUUCCAAUCAUAUUUUUAUCUUUUAAAAUCU